AUGGUGAAUGAAGAUCCCAACCUGGAGGAGCGCGAUGUCACCCCCGAGCAGCAGUCCGCGCCGCCGGCGGUGGACCCCAACAUUCCUGCCCCUCCUGCCAUCCGCACUGACUCCAGCAUCCCGGCUCAUCCCAGCGUCUCGGCUCAUCCCAGCGCCUCAGCUCAUCCCAGCGCCUCAGCUCAUCCCAGCAUCUCUGUGCAUCCUACUAUCUCGACCCAUCCUAGUAUCUCGGCCCAUCCCAGCAUCUCCUUCCACCCCAGUGUCUCUGCGAACCCCAGCAGUUCAGCCUUCCCCAGCUCCAUGGCCUAUGCCGGGGACUUGACCCAGCCCAGUAGUAGCCUGGGCCGCGGGGAUGACCUCAGUUUGAUCAAGGUGAGCAGGCGCCGCUGGGCGGUGGUCCUGGUGUUUAGCUGUUACUCCAUGUGCAACGCCUUCCAGUGGAUCCAGUACGGCGCCAUCAACAACAUCUUCACCUGCUUCUACGGCGUCAGCACCUUCGCCAUCGACUGGCUGUCCAUGGUCUACAUGCUGACCUACAUCCCGCUGCUGCUGCCGGUGGCCUGGCUGCUGGAGAAGUAUGGCCUGCGCACCAUCGCCCUCACGGGCUCUGCCCUCAACUGCCUGGGGGCCUGGGUGAAGUUGGGGAGCCUGAAGCCGCACCUCUUCCCAGUCACCAUGCUGGGCCAGGUCAUCUGCUCCGUGGCCCAGGUCUUCAUCCUGGGCAUGCCCUCCCGCAUCGCGUCCGUCUGGUUCGGGGCCAAUGAAGUCUCCACGGCCUGCUCCAUCGCCGUCUUUGGCAAUCAGCUUGGAAUUGCGAUUGGGUUCUUGGUCCCGCCUGUGUUGGUACCCAAUAGCAACGACAAGGACAAGCUUGCCUACGACAUCGGCAUCAUGUUCUACUUAAUAGCAGGUAUUGCCACCCUGCUUUUCAUCCUUGUCAUCAUCGUAUUCAAGGAGAAGCCUAAACAUCCCCCCAGCAGGGCCCAAUCCCUGAGCUAUUCCUUAGUACCGGAUACUUCGUACUUAAACCCCAUCAUCCGACUCUUCAAAAACCUCAACUUCAAGCUGCUUGUCCUCACCUAUGGUCUGAAUACUGGGGCUUUUUAUGCCUUGUCCACUCUGCUGAAUCGCAUGGUGAUCUUGAACUAUCCGGGGGAAGAAGUGAAUGCUGGAAGAAUAGGCCUCACCAUCAUCAUCGCAGGAAUGUUUGGGGCCAUGAUCUCCGGUAUCUGGCUGGAUAGGUCCAAAACCUACAAGGAGACAACCCUGGUGGUGUAUAUCAUGACGCUGGUGGGCAUGGUGGUGUACACUUUCACCUUGAACCUCCAGCAUCUGUGGAUAGUGUUCAUCACCGCUGGCACAAUGGGGUUCUUUAUGACUGGCUACCUCCCCCUGGGAUUUGAGUUUGCCGUGGAGCUGACAUACCCAGAAUCGGAAGGCAUAUCGUCUGGCCUCCUCAACGUGUCUGCCCAGGUAUUCGGGAUCAUCUUCACCAUCUCCCAGGGCCAGAUAAUCGAAAAUUAUGGCGUCAUGCAGGGGAACAUCUUUCUGUGUGUGUUCCUUGCCCUUGGAGCAGCCCUCACUGCACUCAUCAAGGCAGAUCUACGGAGGCAGAAGGCGAACAUGGAAUUUUCCGAGAAUAAACUCCAGGAGGAGGAGGAAAAGGUGGAGAACGUGGAGAAAGCGGACAAUGUCACCAGCAAAGCACCCACCACUUUGUCUGAGGAGCAUCUCUGA